UUCACCAUGCCUGAACCACUAAAAUCUGCUCCAGCCCCUAAAAAGGGCUCCAAGAAGGCUAUUAACAAGGCUCAGAAGAAGGAUGGAAAGAAGCGGAAACGCAGUCGCAAGGAAAGCUACUCCGUGUACGUGUACAAAGUGCUGAAGCAAGUCCACCCCGACACCGGCAUUUCCUCCAAGGCUAUGGGGAUUAUGAACUCCUUUGUCAAUGACAUCUUCGAGCGUAUUGCCGGAGAAGCGUCACGCCUGGCGCAUUAUAACAAGCGUUCGACCAUCACUUCGAGGGAGAUUCAGACGGCCGUGCGCUUACUGCUGCCUGGGGAGUUGGCAAAGCACGCCGUGUCCGAGGGCACCAAGGCCGUCACCAAAUAUACCAGCUCCAAGUGAGCCCCUCGCUGCAGUUACAGGUCCGCUCUGACCCACACUCCAAAGGCUCUUUUCAGAGC